AUGUCGAAUAGUAAGGACUCUCAAAGAAUAAAAGGGCCAUGGAGUGCGGAAGAGGACCGGGUUCUGACUGGGCUUGUAGAGGCCCAUGGCCCUCGAAACUGGGCCCUCAUAAGCCGACACGUAAAGGGCCGGUCUGGGAAGUCGUGCAGGCUUCGGUGGUGCAACCAGUUGAGUCCCGCUGUGCAGCACCAACCCUUCACCACGCGUGAGGACGCGAUUAUCCUGCACGCACACGCGCGGUUUGGGAACAAGUGGGCUACCAUUGCGAGAAUGCUUCCGGGCCGGACCGAUAACGCCGUUAAGAACCACUGGAACGCCACGCUAAAGCGCAGGGCCUCCCAACGGCGUCGUGUUGGGGAUAAACUAGAAAACGAUCCAUUGACCGCGUUGACUCUGGCUCCGCCGGGUAGUGGUGGCGCAGGAGUGGAGCGGCGCGGAGUUUCGACGGCGGGGUUUUGGGAUGCGACGAGGGAUGUGGUUGCGAGGGAAGUGAGUGAAUACGUGUCUUCCUCGUUUUCCGACAACUUAGUCUCCAACGAAGAAUUAUCCAAAUAUUAA